CUCUGUUGUUUCAGACAAAUUCAAAAACAAGUUUCAAAGUUGGAAAGAUGGGUAACAGGAAAAGAUACAACCCCCUAAUAUAAUACGUAAUGAGAAUGGGAGAGACUGGGCCUGUCCCUCUAGCCACCAAGCCCCAACUUGAAUAAUGGGUAUUGAGGUCUAUUUUUGUCUUCCCUCAAAGACAAAUCUCUACCCUGCCUUACACCGUCCCCAUGCAUACAGAAACUGCAAAUUCACUGCCUCCUUUCCUCCUCCCUAAUCUCCCCUCUCAGCAUUUCUAUCCCCGCCUCCCUCCCCUAUCCAAAUUUUCCAGCCAGCAGCUGGGGCUGACUUCCUCAAUUCUGAUGGAAUAAAUCCAGCUCUCCUAGUCACCCGCUGCCGACUUUAUCCACAUUCCACUGCAGGAAGAGCCCAGAGAGCAGAUUCCCACCAGCAGGAUGUGGGGGCUCAAGGUUCUACUGUUGCUGCCCAUGGUGAGUUUUGCCCUGUACCCUGAGGAGAUACUGGACACCCAAUGGGAGCAGUGGAAGAAGACCUACAGGAAGCAAUAUAACAGCAAGGUGGAUGAAAUCUCUCGGCGUUUAAUUUGGGAAAAAAACCUGAAGCAUAUUUCCAUCCAUAAUCUUGAGGCCUCUCUUGGUGUGCAUACGUAUGAACUGGCCAUGAACCACUUGGGGGACAUGACCAGUGAAGAGGUGGUUCAGAAGAUGACUGGACUCAAAGUACCCCCAUCUCAUUCCCACAGUAAUGACACGCUCUAUGUCCCAGACUGGGAAGGCAAAGUCCCAGACUCCAUUGAUUAUCGAAAGAAGGGAUAUGUUACUCCUGUCAAAAAUCAGGGUCAGUGUGGCUCCUGUUGGGCUUUUAGCUCUGUGGGUGCCCUGGAGGGCCAACUGAAGAAGAAAACUGGUAAACUCUUAAAUCUGAGUCCCCAGAACCUGGUGGACUGUGUGUCUGAGAAUGAUGGCUGCGGAGGGGGCUACAUGACCAAUGCCUUCCACUAUGUGCAGAAGAACCGGGGCAUUGACUCCGAAGACGCCUACCCGUACGUGGGACAGGAUGAAAAUUGUAUGUACAACCCAACAGGCAAGGCAGCCAAGUGCAGAGGCUACAAAGAGAUCCCUGAGGGGAAUGAGAAAGCCCUGAAGAGGGCAGUGGCCCGAGUGGGACCCAUCUCGGUGGCCAUUGAUGCAAGCCUGACCUCCUUUCAGUUUUACAGCAAAGGUGUGUAUUACGAUGAAAAGUGCAAUAGCGAGAAUCUGAACCAUGCGGUUCUGGCAGUGGGAUACGGGAUCCAGAAAGGAAAAAAGCACUGGAUAAUUAAAAACAGGUAAUGAUGGGGACGCCACACUUGUCAGUCAGGCACCCUCUGAACACUCGGCCCCAGCGCCAGCUUCCUGGCAUUCCUUUCCUUCUCUCAAAUCAAGUUAAAGUUGUCUCGGACUUUUCAGUUCUACCUUCCUAAUCAGAAGCUAUUAACUCUACAGUUAAUGGCCAGCCACUAGCACUCAAAGUAUGUGCUAGGCAGCUGCUCCACGUGCAAGGUACUUAGUCCCAAAAGAACAGGGUGUCUGCCUUCAGUGACUUCCCGCCCCCUAGGGAAGACAGACCCAGCUAAUGAGAACAUAAAGUAGCACCAAAAC